GACAGGCAUUUAAUCGAGCACCGAUAGAAUGGCAGCCUUUAAACGACCUUUAGUUUAGCUACUUAACGCUAACUUUAUCACUUCUAACUCCAUGCUAUUGUGCCUGCAGUAGCCGGGGCAAUCUAUUGGAUGACAGGCAAUUAAAGGGCAACAUUUAGAUUGAAAAUGAUUACAUUUGCAUCUGGAAGACACAUCAUUUCUGGGGUUCCAGUGUGGAGAUGUCUUCAGCAGAUACCCAGAGCACCAAACUACACAACAAAAGCUCAGCUGUUUCACUCUCACGCCUCCUCAGUGUUAAAGCCAUCCAGACUCACUCCCACCAACAGGUUGCUGAGCAUCAGGCCCGUGAGCUGGCCUGCUUCACGUCUCUGCCACAGGGAUUCACAAGGCACCUCAGAGAGAGGCGACAGCAAGGAGGGUUUCAGUUUGAAGGCCCUCACCCAGGCUCCCAAACCAGCUCUCUACCUCGGCUUCUCUGGGCUCCUCCCGUUCCUGUCCGCCCCUCUGCUGAUGGCUGCCACACAGUCCUUCUACCCUGAAGUGGCGUAUGCUCAAGUGGUCUACGGAGCGUCUAUAGUCUCCUUCCUCGGAGGUGCCCGCUGGGGGUUUGCCAUCCCUGCUGGUAGUCCCGCUCAGCCUGACUGGAUGAACUUGGGCAACAGUGUGAUGCCUUCACUCAUAGCCUGGCUGGCACUGCUCUGCAGGGACAACAUUGCAGAGGGAGCUCUGGUAGUCAUUAUGGGACUAGGUCUCUCUCUGCACUACGACCUGACUCUGCUGCCCGGCUACCCGCCCUGGUUCAAAGCCAUGAGAACUGUCCUCACUCUGGUCGCCACCUUCUCGCUGGUUGCUACCCUGGCAAUUAAAAAAUUCUGCACCGAGAAGAAGAUCAAAGAGAUUCAGAGCUGAUUUAUGAGGACAGUUUGUACUUUACUCCAUGUGGACUCAAUAAAAAUGUAAAAUUAUGUGCAGAUGUGCAGACAGUCUGUGUUUUAUACUGUACACAAAGAAUACUCAACUUGCUUUUCCUGGGGGCAACUUUUGCAAAAUGACAGGGGGCUAAUUAAUAAAUAAACAAUGAAAUUUA